AUGGCAAGGAAGAUCGAGCAUAGUCGUACCGCGAAGGGCGAAGCGGCAACUGAGACCUUAGCUCUACUCCUACACAUAGUGGAUAAUAUACUAGCACAGCCCUCCAACCCCAAGAGGCGACGGAUAAGGCUCAGUAAUGAUAAGUUCGACCCCGCUGUCGGUAAAUGCACCGCUGCCAUGGACUUCCUGAUGAAUCUCGGCUUCUGUUUGUAUCCAUCGUCGGAGCCUGAGUAUAUAGCCUGCCCAAUAGUAUACAUAUCAAGAUUCACUGAUGCUCACUAUGCCCUUGGUGGGACUAAGGCUUCCUUACCCAACACACCAGGAGUAUUCAAUCCCUUCGUAUCCUCUAUUGGAGCUGCUGGACAAGUGGCAAGUGCCCCGAGGCUCACUGAGAAGGGGCUUGCCGAGAAGGAGGCAUUCGCAAAAGAGUUGGAGCGUCAUAAGGAGCUACUUAAGACAGGUGGGACCAAGCCCGGCACUAUGGACCUCAAUCCUAAGGUGUUCCGGCAAGGCUCGGCUAGUGGUGGCGUGCCUAGGAUAGAGGAUGUUGUGAAAGAGCUCAAUGGACGUAGUGAACUCCUCGACCAGGAUGACGACUUCGAACUCGUGAGGACCCUACCACAUCUCGAUCACAUCAUGGAAGUAUCACUUCACAUCAGAUUAAAGCCCAACUUAGUAGCCUAA